CCUCAGCUGUGCCGCCGCGUCAUAUCUUCCAACACAGUCCGAACUUCCUCGCAUGCCUCUCCGGGCGGCCCAUCCACUAUAGCUGCUCAUAUCAAAUGAGCAUUUUUCACCGGGCGCCACCGGAAACCUUCCCGCGGCUCAUUGUGGAGAGCACAAGCAGAGCUGGGCGUCAUGAAUUAAACAAAAGCCUGCAUUUACAAAUCUGAUCACCAAACCCCGCUGCAAGUGUGGUGUGGUUGGACCCAAGGCAGCAGAGCUGUUGCAGUGGAGAUGGUUUUGGACCCGGGUGAGGACUGUAUGGAUCGGACAGAUGUCGACGGGGUCGGAGGGAGCAGCAGCACCACAGACCUGACGGGUCUAGAACCAAGACCGGACCCUCGCAAAACCACCACAACCGACAGCACCGGACUAGAAAACACCAGCCCAGAGCCUCCCAAAACCACCAACAACAACAGCACCAGACUAGAAAACACCAAACCAGAGCCUCCAAAAACCAACAGCACCGGACUAGAAAACACCAGUCCAGAGCCUCCCAAAACAACCACCAACAACAGCACCAGACUAGAAAACACCAGUCCAGAGCCUCCCAAAACAACCACCAACACCAGACUAGAAAACACCAGUCCAGAGCCUCCCAAAACCACCACCAACACCAGACUAGAAAACACCAGCCCAGAGCCUCCCAUAACCAACAGCACCGGACUAGAAAACACCAAACCGGAUGCCCCCAAAACCACCACCAACAGCACCCCCACUAGAACAGAAGAGACCAGGCCUGACACUACCAAAACCACCACCAACAGCACCCCCACUAGAACAGAAGAGACCAGGCCUGACACUACCAAAACCACCACCAACAGCACCCCCACUAGAACAGAAGAGACCAGGCCUGACACUACCAAAACCACCACCAACAGCACCCCCACUAGAACAGAAGAGACCAGGCCUGACACUACCAAAACCACCACCAACAGCACCCCCACUAGAACAGAAGAGACCAGGCCUGACAUUACCAAAACCGCCACCAACAGCACCCCCACUAGAACAGAAGAGACCAGGCCUGACACUACCAAAACCACCACCAACAGCACCCCCACUAGAACAGAAGAGACCAGGCCUGACACUACCAAAACCACCACCAACAGCACCCCCACUAGAACAGAAGAGACCAGGCCUGACACUACCAAAACCGCCAAAAGAACAGAGGAACCAACAGCGGCUCCUCCCACCACCACCAACACCAGGCUCCACGCCAGGACAAGCCGUGUCACUAAGAGGGAGCGGGUAUCCAACUCCCAGAAUGGACCCCAGCCUCAACCUCAGUCGUUGGUGGCAGAUGUCAGCCUUACGCCCAGCCCUAGGGCCAGUGUUGGCUCCUCUACCAACUCCUCUCGCUCAGUCUUGCCAUACGAUGGACCGGUUGUCUCUCUGCGGCGGGACGUCACCGUGGCAACGGCCUCGUCUCGGAAUAAGGUGGCGACCAGACCCGCUCUCCGCCGGCCUCUCAGCCUGGACGUGACGCCCCUGCGCCUCCGUGGCUCCGAGCCCGCUCUGGACCGUGGGGUCCUACAACCCCCCUGGCGCAGCGCUGGUGGUCCCUCCACUGCCCCCUCGCCCCCAGCACGCUCCCUCACCAGCCCCAGCCUGGGCCCCGGAGGCUGGAUGCGCCGCAGCGAGAGCACCUGUACCGUCAACAACUCCUCAAUGGGCCUCCGGGCCACCAGGGGGCGUAUGCGUCCAGCCACCUCCCUUCCCCACAUUGCCCGGGGGUUUGGAGGGGCCUCCCCGCUGCCCUUGCCCUCCACACCGCGAGGCCCCUGUCUCCUUGUGGCCCUAAGACCCAUUAACCUAGACCAGGAGAGGCAGGCCUUCUUCCAGUCCGACUAUAAAUACGACCCCCAGUUUGAGUACUCGACCCUGGAGCCCAGCACUGUGCUGGAGAAAUACAAAGAUGGAUCUGACCUCUUCCUCUCACAGGCUGUUGGGAUUAUGGAGUGUAUUCUGAGGAAGUUUGGUAACUAUGAGAACUUUGAGGAAGUGACGGGAGGAAGUAUUUUACCAAAGAGUCGAGUCUGGGCUGCUGCACGCAAGUACCUGCAGAAGGAGAACUGUGUAGGAGAGGUGGUGGUGUGUCUGUCUGAUGAGCUGCUGUCCCAGGCGGUGAUGAUGGUGGAGAGUUGUCGUCCCACUCUGACUAUCAACCUGUCUGGAGCACGACAACACUGGCUGGAGGGCAUGCUCAGGCAUGAGAUAGGAACCCACUACCUUCGAGGUGUGAACAACAACCUCCAGCCCUGGUCUACUUCCGCAGGCAGGAAGCAGUAUGGCCUCAAACCGGCCAAUCCCACGGAAGAAGGACUGGCCAGCCUGCACAGUGUGUUGCUACGGAAACAGCCCUACCUGUGGCGCGCCGCUCUGCUCUACUAUACGGUGUAUCACGCCACCAGGAUGGGCUUCAGCCAGCUCUUCAGCCACAUCGCUCAGUUCGUCCAGGAUCCCGCGGUGCGCUGGGAGUAUUGCCUCAGAGCCAAGAGGGGACAGACGGACACCUCGGAGCCUGGCUGUUUCAGUAAAGAUCAGGUGUACCUGGACGGAAUCCUCAGGAUUCUACGACAUCGGAGGAACAUCGACUUCAAGAUGCUGACCUCGCUAGGCAAGGUGUCGUUUGAGGACGUAGAAAGGCUACGGCACAUCGCUGUCCUGCGCCGGACCAGAAUCCCUCACUUCAUGCAGGACCAGGAGAAAUACCUUCAGAAUCUGGACCACAUCGUCACGGUCAACGAACUGAGCGACGCUCAGCUUAGAGAACUCCUUCCCUGACCGACCGACGGACCGACCUUCAGCUGAGCGUGGUAGAUCACCUGCUGGGCGUCAACAAAGGUGGCGAUUCAACAUGUAGAAUGGUCGGGAAAUGAAUAGAAAAUGGCGGAUGAUGUUCGGUGGUCAGAGGCGUUAAGAAUGGUCACCUGCUGCUAAUUACCUCUGGUCAGCGUGGUCUGUUUUCCCCUUGACUGACUGACUCCCUCUGGUCUAGACUGGCCAUCCCAUCCUUGACUGACUCCCUCUGGUGUAGCCUGGCCAUCCCAUCCUUGACUGACUGACCCCUCUGGUCUAGACUGGCCAUCCCAUCCUUGACUGACUGACCCCUCUGGUCUAGACUGGCCAUCCCAUCCUUGACUGACUGACUCCCUCUGGUGUAGCCUGGCCAUCCCAUCCUUGACUGACUGACCCCUCUGGUCUAGACUGGCCAUCCCAUCCUUGACUGACUGACCCCUCUGGUCUAGACUGGCCAUCCCAUCCUUGACUGACCCCUCUGGUCUAGACUGGCCAUCCCAUCCUUGACUGACUCCCUCUCGUCUAGACUGGCCAUCCCAUCCUUGACUGACUCCCUCUCGUCUAGACUGGCCAUCCCAUCCUUGACUGACUCCCUCUCGUCUAGACUGGCCAUCCCAUCCUUGACUGACUCACUCUGGUCUAGACUGGCCAUCCCAUCCUUGACUGACUCCCUCUCGUCUAGACUGGCCAUCCCAUCCUUGACUGACUCCCUCUCGUCUAGACUGGCCAUCCCAUCCUUGACUGACCCCCUCUGGUCUAGACUGGCCAUCCCAUCCUUGACUGACUCCCUCUCGUCUAGACUGGCCAUCCCAUCCUUGACUGACUCCCUCUCGUCUAGACUGGCCAUCCCAUCCUUGACUGACUCCCUCUGGUCUAGACUGGCCAUCCCAUCCUUGACUGACUCCCUCUCGUCUAGACUGGCCAUCCCAUCCUUGACUGACUCCCUCUCGUCUAGACUGGCCAUCCCAUCCUUGACUGACUCCCUCUCGUCUAGACUGGCCAUCCCAUCCUUGACUGACUCCCUCUCGUCUAGACUGGCCAUCCCAUCCUUGACUGACUCCCUCUCGUCUAGACUGGCCAUCCCAUCCUUGACUGACCCCUCUGGUCUAGACUGGCCAUCCCAUCCUUGACUGACUCCCUCUGGUCAUAGACUGGCCAUCCCAUCCUUGACUGACUCCCUCUGGUCUAGACUGGCCAUCCCAUCCUUGACUGACUCCCUCUCGUCUAGACUGGCCCUAAUCCUCCCAAGUGUCAUUCAUCACUCUGCUGUUGGAAAGCCCUGGCAAAUGAAGGCCAGUGUCCGACAGACAGAGUUUGUGGAACGAACAGAUCAACACUCAGAUCAUAUCUACUACGCUUGGAUCAUAUUCACUAUGGCUGGGGCCUAAACAGCACCCUACUCUCUGUAUAGAGCCCUAUGGACCUUGGUCAACAGUAGUAAACUACCGUAUGGACCCAGGUCAACAGUAGUACACUACCCUAUGGACCCAGGUCAACAGUAGUACACUACCCUAUGGACCCUGGUCAACAGUAGUGCACUACCCUAUGGACCCUGGUCAACAGUAGUGCACUACCCUAUGGA